AAUUGUAAUCAACGAAUUCGUCUUUUUCUUUAUGAUCUUCAUGAACACAAGACUAUCAAAGUCUUGAAAGAUCUAGACUACUUUUUGUCCAUUAUUUAUUCUUAUCUUAUAAAUUACAGGCGUUCGUGAUCUUCAUCUGAAAUUCAUACGCAUUUAGAUCUCAGUACAUUAGACCUGAGAAUCCUCAGGUGAAAAUGGGACCGGACGGCAACAAUAACUCUACUACUGAUGGCAAUGUUGCCACAAAAAUGGAAUUUGCGGUGGAACUGAGAAGUCCAUGCUGUGUUAGUCGUGUGGAAAAAGCUCUUCAAGAAUUGAAAGGUGUCACUCAUUUCAAUAUUGACUUAUCGACCCAGAGGCUGAUUGUUGAAGGCAGCGUUGUUGCUGAUACUGUACAAAAUUUGAUCGAAACUAAAACUGGCAUAGCAGCAGUUCUUUUAGGACAAGGAACAAACUCCCAGAAAAACUUAGGAGCUGGAGUUGCUGCAAUCAGUAUUGGUAAUUCUGGAGUCCAAGGAAUGCUUCGAUUCAUCCAGACAGACAGCACCUCUUGUAUCGUUGACGGGACAAUAGACAAAUUGCCUACAGAUGAUCCUGUCUAUUUAACUGUGCAUCAGACUGGAGAUGUGACAUCUGGAUGCAACAGUUGUGGUUCACUAUUCACCUCCAGCUCAUUUCAGGGAAUCCUCAGCCAUCUUGCUCCUAAAGAGGAUCAGAGAGCAGAGUUCAAGUUAGUGCGACCAGACUUGAAACUGUCCGAUAUCAUUGGUCGAUGUGUUGUAGUACAUAAAGGGAGUCAGGAGGAGAUAGAGCAUAACACAAGUCAGAGAUUGGCGUGUGGUAUAGUUGCAAGGUCAUCAGGUCUAUUUGAAAACUCCAAACGCUUCUGUGCCUGUGAUGGGAUUACAAUUUGGCAACAAAGACAAAAAGAGAAAGAAACAAAAUCUUGAUUGUUAUAUAUUUAUAAAUAUUUUAGGUUUUUCUAUUCAAAUUUAUUGUUAUUUUUUGGUCUUGAAGUUUGUGGAAUUUUACCAGAAUGUUCCUUGUUACUUUAAUCUGUUAAAUUAUAAUUGUACAUUACAUUCAUGUAAGUCUUGGCCUGUUUUGAUUUGUUUAUGGAAAUCUUAAUGUGAUGGUGUGGACAUUUUAAUUAUGUUGAUCAUAUCUUUUCUUUUUUUUUAAAUUUGCACAGUUAAAAAUAAAAAGCUGUCAUUAUUCUCAGCUUUCAUAAAAGAAAUAGAUCAUGAAAACUCUGUAAAAUAAUUAUGUUGCGACAUAUUGUACACUUUAAAAAAAUACAAUUAAGAAUGACCAUUAGAAAACUGUGCGGUAGUAGAUCAGUUAUUGUAGAUUAAUUUGAAAUGUAAGUAUUAUCAGCAUAAUAUUAUAUCAGUGAGUUUUUUUUGUCAUUUUUGAACAUUGUACUUUGUUCUAAUGUCUAUUAACAAUAGUGAAGAAAAAAUGUGAACUAAAUAACAGUAAAACAUCAAGCUUUUCUGUCCUUGCUGAACAUUUAGUAUUGGCAUUAUUGUUCUGACAUUAAGACUGGUAUUCAUCCCUUUUGUUACCUUUUUUGUAUCCAAAAAAAAAACUUAAAAAAUUGUAUGUACUUAAAGUUUUGUAUUCUCAAUUCAAAGAAGCCACAUCAAAUGAAGAGAGAUAAUCUGUUAUGUAUCACUGAAAUGCACCCAAAUUACAAAGAAGCAUGUGUAACCAAAUCUCAUUCAGCCUUACACUGUAAUGCGAUUACAUUGCUAUGGCUUAAAACUUAUUUUUAAAAUAUUUGGUAUGCAACUUUUUGAAUAUAUAUGUUAUGCCCUGCUUGGAGCUAGUAUUGUGUUGUGUCUGUUUCUCCUAUUUGGUAUCUCUUUUUCUCCUUCACCUUUGUCUUUUGGACUGUUGGGGCACCAAACAAGAUCUGUUGACCAUCCUUCUCCAUUCCUCACUGUCUUUUGCUUUGGAUAGAAUCUCCCUCGAUGAUACGCUCGUCCAUUCCCCGCCUCUUCUUUUCCCUGGUACUGUUCCCUGAAGGAAGUUCUGAGGACCUUGUAAUAUGUAGUUUCCGUUUUUUGACAGUAGUUAGCAGGUCAUGACCUUCGAACUCUUAUUCAAGACCACACAAACAUAUUACUCAUAUUACAUAUUACUCAACAGAUAAAUGAUUUGAAAUUAAGAUAACAUGAAUUGUGAUUUGAAUUUUUGUUUUAAUUGUGUAAAUGUAUUUUUACUACAACAAAUGUCAAUGAUUCAACAACAUAAACAGUUUUAUUGGAAAUAAAUAUCACAGCCAUCUUGUAAGA